AUGGAGAACGUAUACAAGAUGUGGGUAGAAGGGAAAGAGGCAGAAGGUGGAGCGGAGCAACUCGCAAUUGAAGACCCCGCAACUGGAGAAGUAUUUGCACAAUGCCAUGCGGCAUCCGCUGGAGACGUAGACAGUGUUGUUAAGACUGCACACAAGGUCUUCAAAUCUGGGAUCUGGUCCAAAGCGCCCCGCCAUGUUCGUGCGGACACGUUGGAUCGUAUCGCCGAACUCCUUACGAAAAGCUUCCCGCGACUUAUCGAGCUGGAAGUGCGGCAGACGGGACGCGCCAUCCGCGAGAUGAAUGCGCAGGUCCCUACUCUUACGAAGUGGUUCAAAUACUACGCCGCCUUGAUACGAACCGAGGAGCGCUCAGUCUUGCCUACCGUCGGUAAAUUGCACAACUGGAUCGAUCGUAAGCCACUCGGUGUUGUUGCGCAAAUUACACCGUUCAACCACCCCAUGUUGAUUGCUGUCAAGAAAAUUGCACCUGCCUUAGCCGCUGGUAACUCGAUUGUGCUGAAACCCAGUGAACUUACGCCACUCACCAGCAUCGAGCUUGGCAAACUCAUGAAGGAAGCCGGCUUACCCGACGGCGUGUUCAAUGUGUUGCCAGGCGAUGGUAUGACAACUGGAAAAGCGCUUGUAGAACAUCCGCUCAUUAAGAAGGUGGACGUAACUGGCGGUACACCGGCUGGGCGCGCCAUUGGCGCCAUCGCAGGACGUAAUCUCGCACAUUACACCGCCGAGCUUGGUGGCAAGGCUCCUCUCAUUGUCUUUGAACAAGCGCAUGUUGAUCUUGCAGUGAAUGGCAUCGUCUUCGCUAGCUUCAUUGCCAGCGGUCAGACAUGUGUGGCGGCGACGCGCAUUAUUGUGCAGAACAAGAUUCUCGAUCAGGUAGUAGAAAAGCUGAAGGCCAAGGUGCAAAGCAUUGAAAGGCGGAUGGGCUCACCAAAGAACGUGGAUUCCAUGAUGGGUCCUCUCAUAUCCGCAAAGCAGCUCGGUAACGUUGAGACGCUAGUCAACAAUGCAAAAGAUGCAGGUGUGACGGUCGUUACUGGUGGUCAAAGGAUGAACAGCAAGUCUUCGCUGGACGACACCGACUUCUCGAAAGGCUACUUCUACCCGCCAACGAUAUUGGCGGAUAGCGUUUCGAAGAAGAUUGUUGACACACGCAUAUGGAAGGAAGAGGCUUUCGGCCCUGUCAUCGUUGUUGUAGGUUUCGAUACUGAAGAGGAGGCGCUGGAUCUAGCAAACGAUAGCGAGUUUGGACUAGGCGCAGCCAUCUGGACACAAGAUCUUUCGCAAGCUUUCCGAGUGUCAGAAAACAUUGAGAGUGGUAUCUGUUGGGUCAACACGCAUCACCGUAACGAUCCAAGCUCACCGUGGGGUGGCAUCAAGAGCUCAGGAGUGGGCAGUGAAAACGGCAUUGACGCUUAUAAUGCGUAUACGACCUCGAAGAGCACAAUUAUUAACUACGCCACUGCAGAAGAAGGUCUAGGGAGCGACGAUUGGUUUAGGGAGGGUACUGGUGAGGUUAGGUAUGGAUGA